AUGGUUCGGUUCAAGAAUCGAUGGUUUUUGGUAGAGCUUAUCCCAGUAUGCGAGCAGCAAAGGGUUUCGACUCGGCUUGAUGCAAAACAAAUCUGGGCUGCUUUGAAGGAAGGCAUUCAAAAUUAUUUUAGCGAUGUAGGCUGGGGUAGUGUAGCAGAUUCUUUGACUGUCAAAUAUUUCUCGCCAACAACAAAUAUAUGUAUUAUCCGUGUCGCGAGGGACCACCACCAUGUUGCUCGAGGAGGGAUCACAUUGCUGGAUUCGAUAAAUGGAAUCCGGAUUGUUCCAUAUGUUAUACACAUGUCUGGUACAAUCAAACACGCCCAAUUAUCCACCAUAGAAUACAAUCGUAAAGUGAUAGCUCAGUAUCGAGCCAGAGCGCAGACUCCAGCUUCUUACAAGGAUUCCUAUGAUGAAUAUUUGGACACCAGUACGCAAGAAAUUGAAUCAUUGCACGACUGA